AUGCACAUCUCCUCCGAUCCACAAGAUGUCAUGCAGAUACUUGUACGGGUGCCUGAAACGUCCAUCCUACGGUCGGGAGGCUCCUUGAAAGACAGAUUGGCGUUGUUCUGCGCUGAUCAUAAGUCGCCGGAUCAUGUCGACGUGAGGAAUCGAGUAUGUUUGGAAGCUCUUGGUUGCAGUCGAAGGGCUACUUUCGGAGAUCCAGAAACGCGGAGUGCACUAGUCUGCAAAGAGCACAGAAAGCCAUGGCACAUUGACCUGACUUCCAAACGGUGCACAUUCGGGAACUGCACCAGGAGAGCAUCGUUUGGCAACAGCUCUCUGCUCUUCUGUUUGAGACACAAGCAAGCUUUGCAUCAGAACCUCCGGUAUCUGCGCAGGUAG